UGUUUGCCAAGAGCAUGACGAGAGCUUCGUGAACUUGUCACUCGGUCAGAACGUUUUCUAGUGAAUAGAAUUUUGUGUUUAGUGCUGAGGUGAAUGAGAUUUGCGAAUGAGCAAAUUUAUAAGGAGGAGAUUUAUAAAACUAAAUUCCUGAGGAACAAAUAAGUAGCUAGAAAUCAUUGUCAUUUUCAAAAGUGGAAAAGUGGAUCUCUCUUUAAGUGAAAUUAGUCAACAACUGCAAAUUGCAACUGUUUUAUCAUUCUGUAUUCGUGAAUUAGGGUCAUUGUUGAAAUGACCGCUGAAAAGGGGCGAAGACCGCUACUCACUUAGUAUGCGCCGCAAUCGCUUGCAUUUCGUAUUCAAGAGGGAUCUUUUGCACUCAUCUAGAAGGCAUCUCGUGUCGUGCUUAUUUCUGUUAGUCUUUUUCAACGAUAACUUACGCUCAAAAUGAUGUCUCAUUAUCAAACACGGAAAUAUCAAUUCGGUUGGAUCUUAGUUUUUCUGCUCUCUCUCCUUUUGGUCUCAUCUCACGAAGAAGUGCCUCCGAAUCAUCAGAGUACACCGGAUGCAUCAACUUUGAAGAUAGAGGCCAGAGAAUCCGAGGCAUCGAUAAUUCUGGGAAAGGAUCUCGUUCUCGGUCCACCUUUAUCGACUAGAGCCACGAUAAUCUCUAAUUUCAGCAACUCCGACGACAUUGCGUCGACAAAAAUUAAUUCCCUGGUAGAUUCCACGAGCGUUAAUCGGGUAUAUUUCGGAGAACGUGCCAAAAGUGUUCUCCGGAAACCCAUCGUGCCGAAGAAUGAGACUUCGCGAGGUUCUUAUAUCGUCGACAGCCGUCAUCGAUCCGUCAGCAAAGGCUCGAAGACUGCCUGGAAAAGAGACAGUUAUCUCGAUGCACUAAGACACUCGCGUAACAGCGAAGAUUCGCGAGAAGGGAUCGUGCAGACCGACUCAAAGACGAAUACGAACAGGAGGGAAUAUGUGCAGGGGCCCGUUUACAGGCCGGAAACGGAGUACGGCUCCCCCGAAUCUUCGUAUGCAUCCAAGAAUCCGCGAAUCACACACGGGGGGCCUAGCGAUUCUUAUCCUCAAUCUUUGAAACCGUCAAUGGGCUACAAUGAUAACUACAAUGCUCCGCAAAACUCUUACGGUCCACCGCAGAAUCCGUACGGCCCGCCGCAAGAUGGUCCCUCGUUUUAUCCGCAGACUCCUUCGUACGGACCUCCUGGAAAUUCUUAUUUACCACCGCAACAAGGUGAGAUCAAAGGAUAUGGUUCUUCUAUGCAUUCUUCUAUUCCAACUCCAGUCUACGGCGCUCCUUAUGCACUACCGGAGGUAUCUUACGUUUCUCUUCUGCCGAGCUUCGAUCUAGGAUUGCCAUUUGCUCUCAAACUAAACGCAUUCACCAUUGCAAAAAUCAUAUUGAAAUUAGUGAUUUUCAAGAUGAUUGUGAAAUUUAUUGCAGUAAUUUGUUUGUUACUCUUCAUACCGAAACUUGAGAUAAUCAAGAAAAAGGUCUCUGAUAAAGGUGAAGACGACGAAGAACGUAAUUUAUCAUCGCCUUAUACAAGUUUGGAAACACUAAACAGUCUUGAAGGCGUGGUAAGAAGUUCCGUCGAAAAGUACGAGGCGCAAAACAGUGCUCGUUCAAAUUCGACGGAGAAAUGCACGACAUUUACGUGUCGCAUCACCGAAGCGUUUGCGUUCAACGAAUCUUGGUACGGCUACUUGAAUUUAUUCAACAGCUACGUGGAGGAAGAAAGGCAGCUAACAAGACAGAAAGAGCAGUGAGAAGUUUACAUUAUCAUCGAACUUCAUUGUGUGUCAUCUAUGU